AUGCCGUUCACCCUUUCUGUCCCUGCUGGGACAAAGCCAGUUGCGUCUCGCCCAUAUCGCAUCAAUCCCCUCAUGCAGAAGAAAGUGGACGCAGUUUUGGACCAAUACUUGGCGGCAGGGCUAAUUCAGCAUCCUACCUCUCCAUGGGCCUCUCCUUUGGUCGUCGUCCUCAAAAAGGACGGAUCGGUCCGUACUACCGUCAACUACAAGCGUCUUAAUGCUCUGGUGGACCUGGACGGACAACCUCUCCCUCGUGUGGACGGUAUCUUGGAUUCGCUGUACACCGGGAAAGUGUUCUCCAUCUUCGACCUCAACUCGGCUUUUCACCAGAUCGUUUGUGAUGACGAAACCGUCCCUCUCACCGCCUUUUGUACUCCCACACAGCUGUUCGAAUGGCUUCGUAUGCCGCAGGGCGCCAACGCCAGCCCGUCCUGGUUUGUCAAAGUCAUCAACCGUGUUGUACAUGGCUUGGACCGAGUGUUGGUAUAUCUGGACGAUGUCAUCUGUUUCGAUAAGGAGCCUCUGCGACACGUGCUCAACAUGAUCGAGUUCUUCAAACGAUUGCACCAGUAUAACCUCAAGCUGUCUCCUGGGAAAGCUCGUGUUAGUGCCACUCACGCCAACUUCUUCGGACACACCAUCUCCCCGGCUGGCGUUAGCCCGGACGGCGUCAAGGUUCGAGCGCUCACGCACAUGCCACCGCCGACGAAUGUCAAACAGCUUCGGAGCCUUCUCGGUGGACUCAGGUACUACAGGAAGUUUCUCAAGAACCUCGCCACCAAGGUACGGCCCCUCAACGCCCUUCUCAAACAAG